AUGACGUUCGGACAUAUCGCCGUCGCCAGUCUCCUGGCCUGCAUUGGCCUGGCGACUCCCAUUGUGCCUCAAUCGCGGACGAACCAGCACCAGUUGAUCAAGCAAGUGCAAUUGGGGCCGCGGCCAUAUUUCCUCGUCAACGACAUGGACCCGUCCCCGCUCAAGGAUGAGCUCGAGGCCUGCUCGGAGAUGGACAUCCGACCCUCACGCUUCUCCAUCGGCCACCGCGGCGGUGGAACCCUGCUCAUCCCGGAGGAGACGCGCGAGUCCGAGCUGGCAGGGCUCCGCAUGGGCGCCGAGGUCCUCGAGUGCGACGUCGUCUUCACCUCGGACCGCCAGCUCGUCUGCCGCCACGACCAGUGCGACCUGCACUCGACCACCAACAUCGUCGACAUCCCGGAGCUCAACGCGAAGUGCACGCAGCCCUUCUCGCCUGCCGACCCGGCCACCGGCGCCGCCGCCAGUGCCAAGUGCUGCACCAGCGAUAUCACCCUUGACGAGUUUAAAAGCCUCUGCGGCAAGAUGGAUGGCUUCAAUGCCACCGCCGAGACGCCCGGUGAUUUCCUGCACGGCACGCCCAGCUGGCGGACAGACCUUUACGCCACUUGCGGGACAGUGCUCACCCACCGCGAGUUCAUCGAGCUGGUUGAUGAGUUCGGCGGGUCCGAGGUGCAGUUCACCCCCGAGCUUAAGACGCCCCAGGUGCCGAUGCCCUUCGGCGGCAACGGCUCCAACUACACGCAACAGGUGUACGCGCAGCAGAUGGUCGACGAGUACCGGGCCGCCGGGGUCGACCUGAAGCGGCUGUGGCCGCAGAGCUUCCUGUACGACGACAUCCUGUACUGGAUCGAGGCGGUGCCGGAGAUCGCCAGCCAGGUCAUCUUCUUGACAGAGACGGAGGGUGACAUCGCCAACCUUACCGAGUACGCUGCCGCUGGCGUUAAGAUCAUGGCACCCCCCUUGCCGUUCCUGGUCACGGUCGGUGAGGACGGCAAGUCCAUCGUGCCGUCCGAGUACGCGGCCGAGGCCAAGCGGCUGGGGCUGAAGCUCGUCACCUGGUCCUUUGACCGGUCGGGGCCGCUGAGCCAGGUCGAGGAGGAUGAUGAUUAUUACUACACCUCGAUCGCGAACGUGACUAACAAUGAUGGCGAUGUAUAUAAUCUGCUGGACGUCCUGGCGCGGGAGGUCGGAGUGUUGGCUGUCUUCUCUGACUGGUCUGCCACGGCCACGUACUACGCGAACUGCUUUGGGCUGUUCCCAACGUAUUCUGAUUGGGUAGACUAG